AUGGGGCCUGACUUACUGAUGGUAACAACAAAAUUUGAAGGUGAUUAUUCUAAUCAUUGGUAUCUGGACACAAGCUGUUCAAAUCACAUAUCAGGAAGAAAUGAGUGGUUCAUUGUUCUCAAUGAAAAAGUGAAAAGCAAGGUGAAGUUUGGUGACAAUAUAGUAGUUACUACUGAAGCAGUUGAUAAGGUGAUGGUUAAAAGGAAGAAUGGAGUGAAGGCUUUCAUUACAAAUGUUCUUUAUGUUCCAAAAUUGAAGAACAAUUUGUUGAGUUUUAGGCAAUUGGCAGAAAAAGGGAUAUUCUAUGAGUCUACACUAAAACUCAAUGAAGUGAGGAAGAAGUUGAAUGAUAGAAGUGAUUCAAUGAUCUUCAUUGGGUAUUAUCCAAUUGGAUCCUACAAACUAUAUGAUCCAAAAGGAAAGAUGAUAGUAAUAAUCAGAGAUGUGAUACUAGAUGAGUCAAAGUGGUGGAAUUGGGAUGAGGGCAAUCCCAAAGCUAGUAUGAAGAUGUGA